UAUUUUUGUUGUUCGAAAGAAAAAGCAAAAUGAGGUUCUUGGUUGUUCUCGCUGCCUUGGUUUUGGCAAUUAACGCCGACCAACAGUUGUGGCAGGAAUUCAAGGAAAAAUUUGGACGGGACUACAGAAACCUGAGGGAAGAACAACACCGAUACACCGUUUUCGAAAGCAACUUGCGCAUCAUCGAGGCACAUAACCAGAAAUAUCAAAAUGGAGAGUCGUUAUACUACAUGGGCAUCAACCAAUUCACAGACAAAACCCCAGAAGAAUUCAAGGCUAUGUUGAACUACAGCGCUUCUCAGAAACCUGUUCAGAAAGAACCCAUCGUUUGGCACAAAAACACCGGUCUCGGAGCUCCCUCAGAGAUGGACUGGGUUUCCAAGGGAGCCGUCACCGAAGUCAAGAGUCAAGGAUCGUGCGGUUCUUGUUGGGCAUUCAGCACUACUGGUGCCGUCGAAGGAGGUCAUUUCAUCAAGACCGGCAGCCUGGUGAGCCUCAGCGAACAAAAUUUGGUCGACUGCUCCACCAUCAACUCAGGAUGUAACGGAGGAUGGAUUCAAGCCGGUUUCGACUACAUCAGAGACAACGGAAUCGAAACAGAAAGCGACUACCCAUACAACGCUGUGCAAGGAAGUUGCCUUUUCGACAGAUCAAAGAGUGUCCUGAACGUCCAAGGAUUCGUGAACCUCGACCAAGAUGAAGACAUUUUGUUGGAUGCUGUCGCAAAUGUUGGACCCAUCUCCGCAGCAAUUAACGCCGACAAUUUCCAGAACUUUGCUGGAGGAAUAUUCGUUGACGAAACAUGCAUUCCAACUGAAUUGAACCAUGGAAUACUCGUCGUCGGUUAUGGUACCCAGGACAGCGUACCAUACUGGCUGAUUAAGAACUCAUGGGGUGUUGAUUGGGCUGAAAAUGGAUACUUCAAGAUGAUCCGUAACACGAACCAAUGCGGUAUCAAAUACGGAGCAACUUACCCCGUCAUGUACUCUUUUUUGUUGUUCGAAAGAAAAAGCAAAAUGAGGUUCUUGGUUGUUCUGACUGCCUUAGUUUUGGCAAUUAACGCCGACCAACAGUUGUGGCAGGAAUUCAAGGAAAAAUUUGGACGGGACUACAGAAACCUCAGGGAAGAACAACACCGAUACACCGUCUUCGAAAGCAACUUGCGCAUCAUCGAAGCACACAAUGAGAAAUACGCCAACGGAGAAUCUUCGUACUACAUGGGCAUCAACCAAUUCACAGACAAAACCCCAGAAGAAUUCAAGGCUAUGUUGAAUUAUAGCGCUUCUGUGAAACCUCUUCGCAAAGAACCCACCGUUUGGCACAAAAACACUGGUCUCGGAGCUCCCGCAGAGAUGAAUUGGGUUUCCAAGGGAGCCGUCACCGAAGUCAAGAAUCAAGGAUCCUGCGGCUCUUGUUGGGCAUUCAGUGCUACUGGUGCUGUGGAAGGAGGUUAUUUCGUCAAGACCGGUAGCCUGGUGAGCCUCAGCGAACAAAACUUGGUCGACUGCUCUACCGUGAACGCAGGGUGUGAUGGAGGAUGGAUGCAAGCCGGAUUUGAUUACAUUAGAGACAACGGAAUCGAAACAGAAAGCGACUACCCAUACACUGCAGUCCAAGGAAGUUGUCUAUUCGACAGAUCGAAGAGUGUCGUCAAUGUCCAAGGCUUCGUGAACCUUGACGCAGACGAAAGCCUGUUGUUGGAUGCUGUCGCAAACGUUGGACCCAUCUCUGCGUCUAUGACAGCCGACAACUUCCAGAACUACGCUGGUGGAGUAUUUGUCGACGACACUUGCAGCCAGACGAUAUUGGACCACGGAAUACUCCUAGUUGGCUAUGGCACCUUGAACGGCGUCGACUACUGGCUGAUCAAGAACUCCUGGGGAACUGAAUGGGGAGAGAACGGAUACUUCAAGAUGAUUCGUAACAUAAAUCAAUGCGGUAUCGCAUAUGACGGAACAUAUCCCAUCAUGUAAUUCAUAUCUGCGAUAUGGAUUGCGAAAUUUUUCACUAUGCAAUCUAAUAAAAAAACAUGGUCCAUCUUGAAA